AUGGAGGGCGCCUUCUCUUUUGCUGUUAUUUUCCUGGCUUUCUUUUUACACGCCUCAGAUGGGGCAGAACUUGUAUUGACACCAAGCAUUGAACAAGAAAAAUCUGCUGGUGGGAAUUUUGUCAUAAAUUGUGCUGUUAAAGAUUUCAAUGUUAUACCUAAGUGGUACAAUCCUAAUGGGGAGGAGAUUAAGCUAAACAAUCGUACCAAUCUUCGUACAACCGCCAAUAGUGUCAAACUAUACCUGCUUAAUUUAAAAGCUGAAGACGCAGGGACCUAUACCUGCAAUGCAACUGUCAAUGGCAAAUUGUUGGAAAAGAUUAUAAAUUUAAAAAUAUUUAAAAAGCUUUCUCUCCUGAAUUGUGCUGAAAUUCAACAGCCUGUUAUCAGCACCAAUGCUAAAAUUAAUUGCACAGCCAGCGGUGACCCAGCACCAACUGUCUCAUGGCGAUACAACGGAAACACUCUACAAACUGGUGGUCGUUACGACAUAAAACCAGAUGGCCUCGUAAUUCGAAAUAUUAGCGAGGCAGAUAAUGGGGUAUAUGAAAUUGAAAGUGAGAUUACUAUUCGAUCAGACUUCAUUGUUAGAGAUAUUAAAGUCACUGUCACUAUUCCACCCGUAAUCACUGAACCCCCAGUUAUGCUUGAUCCAAUUAAAGGCUCUGAUUUUACAAUGACCUGCAAAGCUGAUGGAAAACCCAAACCAACAUAUUCUUGGGUGAAAGAUGGUAUGACCCUAGAUGAUUCCCGAUUUGAUAUUGAUGAAUUUGGUGGCUCUUUGAAGAUCUCUUCUGUAAAGGAGACGGACAGUGGCACUUAUACAUGCAUUGCCAGCAAUGUUGGGGGAACAGCCAAAGCAAAAGCAAAAGUCACUGUUCUCAUUCCUCCUACUCUGAAGCCAAUGACUAACGAGCAAGCUGAAGAAAAUAAACGUGUUACAUUGUUGUGUAUUGGUGAAGGUGUGCCUCUUCCAUCACUCACCUGGCAAAAAGGUAGUGAUGCUCCCUUUGCCCAAGGGCCUCAAGCAAGUGACUCUCGUAUUGUUGUUAGUGAAAAUAAAGGCAAACAGACCAAAUUAAAGCUGGUCAUCACCUCUCUGAAAGCCGAAGAUGCUGCUAACUAUACUUGCACUGCUACCAAUAGAGCAGGAACUGAGUCGAAAAAAGUGCAGUUACGAAUUGAUUAUAGCCCACAGUUUGUCAACACACCACUUGUGGCUUACAAUUGGAUGAACAACAAACGAAAUAUCAGCUGCAGUGCCAAAGGCCUGCCUAAACCAUUGAUUAGUUGGCAAACUAAAUAUGGAAAGAUUGGAUCAAUUGAUGAAACCUAUAGAAUCUUUCAAUCCGAGGGUUAUGAAUUGUCUACAAGUUACUUACAGGUCCAUGUAAGCCGCAACAAUGAAAAUACUGUAUUUACUGAUUAUCAAUGCACAGCCACCAACAAGUUAGGACAGAAGGAUAUCACUAUUACAUUGAAACAAGCAGUUGUUCCCAGAGCUCCCCAAAAGGUUUCUCACACUGAUCUCUCACCCACUACAAUCACUCUGAUCAUCUCAAAACCUACGAACAAUGGUGGUAUUGAAGUUGACCAAUAUCGCAUUGAAUAUGCAACUGGAGGACAUUACAAUCACACAGAUGUAUUUGUUAAUAGUGAUGCAGAUGAUGAAUUUACAAAGGUUGUCCUUAAGCGACUUACUCCGGUAACCAAAUACCAAAUCAAAGUAUUUGCUGGCAAUGCCGUUGGCUUGAGCACAAAAUCUUAUGACCUUUCUGUAGCAACGUUGAAUGUCAGAAUACCCUAUGAUGUCUUUAUUAAUUCGGACAGAUUGUCUACAAGUCCGACGUCUUACAUUGUCACUUGGCAAGAACCUCGGACAGGAGGUUCUGAGAUUACAUCUUACUCUGUUCAAUACAGGAUGGUCCACAUAAAAAAAAAUGUUGAACCUUGGGAAGUUGAUCCUAAUGCUAAAAAUGGCAAGUUUAUUGCACACACUGUUAAAGGCAAGACAAGAAGUGUGUUGAAUAAUUUGGAAUCCAACACAUAUUAUGAAGUCCAAGUUGUGGCAAAUAAUAUAAUCGGCCCUUCUGAACCACGACCAAUGAUUAUUUUAACAAAAGAAAAAUAUCCAGAAGAGGAGGUUGUUAUAGAUGAAGAGGAUCCACUCCCUGUUGUCACGGUACCACAACAGAAAGAGAAUAGUAACACGGAUACAAACAAAGGUGACCAAUCUCUUGUUAACAAUAGCACUAUAAUUGACCAGUCUUUAGAAUCCACCACUGCUACAAUCAAUGUUAAAACCACCACAAAGGAAAGGACUGUAAAUAAAACGGUGGACAAAAUUGACACACUCAAAAGUUCCAGUGCUCCACGUAUCAACCAAACUGUGAACUCUCCAGAGACGCCACAAGCUGCCACUUCUGCUGGAAUUAGUGAUGGUGGAAUUGUUGGGGUCAUUAUUGCUCUCCUCAUUAUAAUUCUUAUUGUCAUUGAUCUUGGCUGUUAUGUCAAAUUGAACAAAGGCGUCACCAAAUUUCUGCUAGAGAAUGCCUGUAAAAGAGGUGCUGCAGGCAAAGACAAAUCAACUGAUGUUGAAGCUGGAGCAAGUCAAGAAACAAAUCUAUUAGCAGAAAAGGAGAAAAAGGACGGAGAAGCCAAUGGAGAAGAAAACAAAGAACCUGCCAGUGAUGAAGGCGUCACUGAUGAAAAGAAUGAAGAUAAAGAUGAAUUGAUGAAAGAUCACACGGAUGAGAUUGAACCAGAUCAAAAGAAAGAUGAAGAGAUCAUGAGUCAAGAUCCAACUGGGAAAGCUUUUCUCUCUCUCUCUCUCUCUCUCUCUCUCUCUUUCUCUCUCUCUCGUAGCAGCUAUUGUCUGCUGCCAUUUUUGUCCCAAUAUCUUGUAGUCUGCUGCUGCUGCUGCCAAUGUCUGAGUUGA